AGAUAUAGAUAUUUGAAAUUAGCAAUGCGCUUGGCCAGCCUCACCAUGGCUAAUGGAACUACGCCAAUAUGUAACACAACUAGAAAAGGAAGAGGGAACGAAACCAUAACCUAUUGCAUUGUUUUCAAGCGUAAACUUUGCGAUGAAAUUGGAUAAAAUUUGCAGAACGUGCCUCUUUGAAAAAAGCAAUCUGAAACCGUUAUUCGAAGCCUACGUUCCGAGCAUGGUGAUGUCAUUUGCGUCGGUUCAGAUGGUCCAGGGCGACGGACUACCGCAUCAAAUUUGCACCCAGUGCAUCACAAAUGUUAACAAAGCGUACGCGUUUAAACAGUUGUGCGAAAAAUCUGAUGCGUCACUCAGAAACUAUGUAAACAUGAACUACAUGCCCCAGAAUAACAUUGUCCAAAUAAAUGAAGUCAGGCAUGAUAUAUUUGAAAACAACGAAGUUCUGCCACAGAAUUCACUAUUUCAAGAUAUUUUCAAUGACCCUGAACAAUCUCUGGUUGAUAAUUUCACUCAGCAAGCCAAUACAGUGGUUUCAGACCUGGCGGAAACCAUGCAGAGCCUGCAAACCAUAGCAGAACAAUGCUUGCCAGCCUCUUGGGAAAACGACAAUCAAAUAUGCCCAAUAAAUGCUGACGAAACGUCCAACAACUUUAAUUUGGUAGAUAAUUUGUACAAGUGUCAGUUCUGUGAGGAUAUAUUUAAAGAUGAAUGGUCCCUAUCAGAACAUACUAAAAAUCAUUCUUGUCAGGAUAAAUAUUUCUGCACUAACAUUACCAGCGAGUUGACCAAGAGCAUGUUGCUGGAGUAUUCAUUUGAUACAAACUCAAAGGAUAAUUUCAUGUUUGAGAAUAUCGAGCCAGCCAAUGAGAAUUUACUCUGUAGUAUAUGUGACAGAACAUUUACCGACCAAAAGUAUCUCAAGAAACACCUAAAAGAUAUCCAUUUUCUGGAAACCAGUUGCAUCCAGGAGGAAAAGAAACACAACUGUACCGCCUGCGGCAAACGCUACAAACAGUAUAAAGAUCUAAUGCUGCACAUGCGCACCCACACUGGCGAGCGGCCACUAAAAUGCGAGAUAUGCUCCCGUACCUUUGCAGUACCAAGCAGCCUGCACAAACAUCAAAAAAUACAUAAAGAGAAGCAGUACUCUUGUAAUAUAUGCGGCAGGAAAUUCAAUCAGUCUUCAAAUGUCACUUCGCAUAUGCUGACACAUUCCGGAGAAAAACCUCACAUGUGCUCAGUGUGUGGUAAAAAGUUCUACACAAAUACCAAUUUGGAAAUUCAUAAAAGAAUACAUACGGGCAAUAAACCCUACAUAUGUAGUUUCUGUGACAAACCAUUCAACACCAGCACUCAGCUCAAAAAGCACAUGAUGGUGCAUACAGGAGAAAAACCCUACACUUGCUGGCAAUGUGGCAAGUCAUUUAGGCGUAAAGAAACGCGAGACACGCACGCCCGGUAUCACACGGGCGAGAGGCCUUAUGCUUGUAAAGUUUGCAACAAGAAAUAUAUAGCCGCUAGUCAUCUACGGGAUCACAUGAAGAGCCACAAUGAUAUACGCAAAUUUGAUUGCGUCAUUUGCAUGAAAAAAUUCCUGGAUCUGAAAACUUUGAAGAGUCAUAUUUUAUCGCACACGGGUCAAAAACCCUACUCGUGCAAGUUUUGCGGCAAGUGUUUUGUACAAAAUGGAGGUCUUAUAACUCACAUUAAAUCAUGUCAUAAAUAAAAGUUCUACUGCUGCCUCUGCCAGUGAUUAUCUUCAAAUAACAUGUUUCCAUUUUGCCCACUAUGUUUCUCAGUAGGGGAAACGGUUUAAAACUAUUUUAGGCUAAGAUUAUUGCUUCAGCCCCAAAACAAAAAUUGCCUUCAGAAUCCAUGUGAAAUGCUUGGGGCACCUGAAAAAUUCCAAAAAAAACAGUAUUGCAGGAAAUAGAAAGAUGUAUCCAUGUACAGUAUGUUUCUAAUUUUACAAGUGAUAUUGUGAGAAAAUAUAACUUUUUCUUAAAUGACCAACCACCCCUUUAAAAUCAAAUUCGAAUUCAAGACCACGAACAAUAUGUUCCCACGGUUCCUCUUUUUGUUUAUAUUAUUCAAUAUUACCAGU